CCUGGGGGCGACGUCCCCAAUUCAACAGUUUGCGACCAGCCAGACCUAAAAGAAGAAAAACAGAAGUGUCAAAAAAAUGUGGCGCGAGGGUUGUGGAUGUUUGCGAAACUGUGACCGGGUUGAAGUAGUUGCUGCGUUUUAGUCAUGUGGACCAGCUGGAGAACCGGAAACAAACAGAACAUCAUGGAGAGAACGUUUUGCGGGUUCUGGCCCGGACGUGGAGAGUAACGGUCUGCAGGUUUGUUUACAUGUGAACCCGGAAGAACCAGGAAAAGUGAUCACGUCUGGAUUGAUCAGAUAUUAGAAACAUUUCUGAAUAUAGUAACAUUUCCCCAUCAUGGCGAUGACUCCGCAGCAGGAGGCACUGAUCUGCCGCGUGUUUGAUGCCUAUUUGAGUAAGCAUCACCAUGACGACAUCCUCCUCCUUGUUGACGAUGAUGGGGAUGAGACUCAUCACCCGGUGGUGGUGAACGCCAUGACUCUCUUUGAGGUCAAUAUGGAGGUCGGGGAUUUCUUCAAUAUGUUUCCUGACAAAGUCUUGGCCAUGUUUGAUGAAGUUCUGCAGAAGAAAGCUGUCCAGAUCUCAGAGGACGCGUCGUCUGGACACAAAGGAGGACAGAAGUCCAGAGAAAGCAGACUCAGACGCACGCUCCACGCUCGGAUCACAGGUCUGCCAGUGUGUCCAGAGCUGACUAGACACACUAUCCCCAGGUCCAAAGACGUCGGACACUUCCUUUCUGUGACCGGCACUGUGAUACGGACCAGCGUUGCCAAGGUUCUGGAGUAUGAGCGGGAUUAUAUGUGCACCAAGUGUCGACACGUCUUCAAGGUGCAUGCCGACUUUGACCAGUUCUACACCUUUUCGGCACCGGUGAGCUGCCCGAACCCGUCCGGCUGCAACUCCAUGAAGUUCAGCAGUCUGUCUGAAGGGUCGGAACCGGCUGCCUGCAGGGACUACCAGGAGAUCAAGAUACAGGAGCAGGUGCAGAGGCUCUCUGUGGGCAGCAUCCCUCGAUCUCUGGUUGUGAUUCUGGAGGACGAUCUGGUGGACGGUUGUAAAUCUGGAGACGACGUGACCAUCUACGGGGUGAUGUGUCUCCGCUGGAAGCCCCUGUAUGACGGCACCCGCUGUGAGGUGGAGCUGGUCCUCCGAGCCAACAACCUGGAGGUGAACAACCAGCAGACGGCUGCCGCUCAGCUUCUUAGCGACGCUCAAAAGGAGUUCGAGGAGUUCUGGAGUAGUUACGAACACGAUCCCAUGGCUGGCCGGAACCAGAUCUUACUGAGCCUGUGCCCGCAGGUCUUUGGCAUGUAUGUGGUCAAACUGGCCGUGGCGAUGGUUUUGGCUGGUGGGGUGCAGAGAGUAGAUCCUUCUGGGACCAGAAUCAGAGGAGAGUGUCACAUGUUGCUGGUUGGUGACCCGGGAACAGGGAAGUCCCAGUUCCUGAAGUACGCAGCCAAGAUCACACCGCGAUCCGUUCUCACUGCUGGGAUCGGAUCAACAAAUGCAGGGCUUACGGUAGCUGCCGUGAAGGACGGCGGCGAGUGGCACCUGGAGGCGGGAGCUCUGGUCCUGUCGGACGGCGGGCUGUGCUGCAUCGACGAAUUCAACAGCAUCAAGGAGCACGACCGCAUCAGCAUCCACGAGGCCAUGGAGCAGCAGUCCAUCAGUGUGGCCAAAGCUGGAAUGGUGUGUAAGCUGAACACCAGAACCACCAUCCUGGCUGCCACCAACCCAAAAGGCCAGUACGACCCCAACGAGCCUCUGUCUGUCAACGUGGCGCUGGCCAGCCCCCUGCUUAGUCGCUUCGACCUGGUUUUGGUUUUACUGGACAACAGAAAUGCCGAGUGGGACAGAGUCAUCUCCUCCUUUAUCCUGGAGGAGCAAGGUCUUCCAGCAGAACACUCUGCUCUGUGGUCCAUGGAGAAGAUGAAGGCUUACUUCUGUGUGAUCAAGCAGCUGCAGCCGCAGGUUUGUGACCAGGCCAACCUCAUCCUGACCCGAUACUACCAGCUGCAGCGCCAAAGCGACGGGCGGAACGCCGCCCGCACCACCAUCCGCAUGCUGGAGAGUUUAAGUCGGCUGGCUGAAGCUCACGCCAGGCUCAUGUUCCGAGAGACCGUAACCAUCGAAGACGCUGUUGUUGCCGUGUCCAUCAUGGAGUGCUCCAUGCAGGGCGGCGCUCUCCUAGGAAACGUCAACGCCUUGCUCACCUCCUUUCCUGCUGACCCGGUUGAUCAGUAUCGGUCCCAGUGCCGGGUGGUUCUGGAGGGUCUGAACUUGCCUUCGCUUCUUCGCAGUGAGAUGGGGCGACUGUCCAGGUUGAGGAGCUCUGAGCCUUCAAGCUCCGCCCCCAGCGAACCAAAGAGCCCACCCCUCAACGGGGACUGGGAGACUGUUUCGCCUCCGCUAUAUGGGUCUCCAAUUUUCACGUCAACUCAGGAAGUGAACAGGAAGUCUGGCUCGUCUGAUCGGACCAACCAUCAAACUGAAGGCGGCGCUCGGAGUGAUACUGCCUCCACGUUCCAUCAUCCCAAUGUUUUGACGCCAUCAGAAAACCUUAACAUUCCCUUAAAAAGACAGAAACAAACUAUAAAAGAGAAAACACAGAGAACCCAAAAACCUCCAGAGGGGUUUGGUUCUACGGUUCCUAAAACUCCCAAACCCACAGGAACCCAGGAGGUGACCCGGAGUAUUCAUGGAGACUCAGCGGGAGGAAGAGGAGGAGGAGAUGAGGGCAAUAAUGAAGAGCAGCGCUCUGAUCUCCAGUUUCUUGGUAAACAUGGGCAGGACAGGACGGAAUCGAAGAGCAUCAGCGCUGCGCUCAGUGAAAAGAUGGUAGUGGAAGCUUCAACCAACCUUCACAGCAAGUUGUCAGGUUUUACGUUCAAACCGAGGAAGACAAUGGCUGCCAUGCUCAAGGAUUCUGCUCCUCACCAAGAGACGGCCAAGACGGCCAUAAAGAGGAUACAAUCUCUUCUAGACGAUGAACCCAGAAAUGAACCUACAAAUGCAAAGAAACGGCGAGUACAGACAGCAGAGGGCGCCGUUUCAGAGGAGCAUAGCAGACGAAGACAGGACAACGGUGAGGGAAGAUCUUCAUCGUCAGGAAGGGUGUUUGGUGUUACGUCCUCUGGAAAGGACAAAGGAGAACCAGGAGAUGAUAGUGAGAAAAUAGAGUGUCCUGAAAGAGGUCAGAGUAAUCCAGUGUCCGCGGUCGGUGAUCCAGGAGGCCAGAAGAAGAACAGUGUGGCUGCGUCUGCCUUCACCAAACUGAGCAGAUUUUCUUUCACGGGUUCAACAGAACACAAAGCUGCCCAGGAGUUACCAGAGAGAGAAGAGGACGCUGACAGUCUGAGAGCGGAUCCAGAAGAAAGAAGCAGAAGACGGCUCUCGGACCAAAACAUGGAGGUGGAUUCUGAGCACCAAGAGAAGCAGGAUGGACCCAAGAGUCUUGGUGCUGUUGCUCCUCCGAACCAAAGCAAAAGAAAGUGUUUCCAGUUCAGGUCCACAACAAACAGUGGGCCUUCCCCACGUCUGCUGACAGGACUCUCCUUGUUCGAGUCUGUCGACGUUAACAACGACGUUCUGGACACAGACUGGGACCAGGAGAUCAGCAGUCUUAAAACGGACCUGUAACAGAACCCAUGUGGUUCUGUCCGUAAAUAAUAAAAAACUGAUGACCCAGA